AUCAAAGCUAGUAGAUUUGCAGUAUCGCUAAGAAGAUAUUUAUUUAAAGAACAUCUAGGAUUGCUUCAUGUUUCUGAAAAUCAUUUGUCUGAGGUUACUUCCUACAGCUAUCCCCCACCAUUACAUAUUAACAAUGGAUCUCAACGUCUUCAAACAGAUGAAGAAAAAAAAUUAGAAGACCCUGUUAGUGAUGAAUUUUUUGUUUUCUGGAAAGGCAUAGCUGAAAAAAAUACAAAGAUUUUUAAAGAUGUUUUUCACUGUUUACCUGAUGACGAUGUUAAAACAUGGGAUGAUUAUCAAAGUUUUGUUCCCGAUCCAAAAAAAAUUCCGUUAGGCCAUGUAUAUGAUCCAGAUAAAAUUUCGGAAUUGGAAAAUAUUAAAGGUCACUUAGUACAAUUCCCUUAUAGAUUUCUAGAAGAAGAAGUUUCAACUUUGAAAAAGAUUGAAACUCUUAAUGAUUUAAAGGAUGACUUCAAAGAACUUGAAUUUGCUGUUGAAAGCGAAUUGAUUGGAAAUUUGGCUACGUCAUCUGAACAUGCUGCCGCGUUUGCCGGAUAA